AUGGUCUCGACCCGCGCCCAGGCCGCCACCGGUCCCUCGGACCCAUCCGCCCCCGCUGCUGCCGUCGCUGGAGCGGGAGCGGGAACCGGAGGAUCGGGUGCCGAGGAGAUUGCCCAGAAGUCGGCCGGCGUCACAUCGUACAUGAACAACGGCCACAAGGAGUCGCUGGCGUACCUCGUGACGCACCACGCCGACCUGCUCAAGCCCCUCGCCGCCAGCGCCGUCGAGAUGGUCUCGAUCGACGCCAAAAAGGUCACGCUCGAAUACACGCCGAGCGCGCGCGAGGGCAAGAAGCGCAUCGACGUGCCCUUUUACCCGCACCUCCGCUCCUAUGACGAGGUGCGGCCCCGCUUUGUCCAGCUCUGCCAGAUUAGCGAGCGCGUCGUCAAGAACCGCAAGCCAACGGUCAUCUACAAGGCGCCGAAAGCGGGUCUGUCGAUCCUCUUUGUCCUGCUCGGCCUGUACGCGGCGCUGCGCUCCGACACGCUGGCGUCGCACCCGCGCUUCCCGUCGCAGUUUGCGUCGGAGUGGAGCCAGGCGCGCGCGCGGCUCGGCGGCCGCGAGGGCAUGGACGGCUUCAUCCUGACGUGCGUGCGGGCGCACGUCGUCGAGGCCGUCGCCAUGCUCUUCUACGCGAGCUACAAGGGCGCCUCGCGCCUCACGGCCCUCAAGUGGGGCGUCACCCAGCUCUUGCUGGGUUUCCCGACGUUUUUCGCCUUCCGCGCCCUCAACUCGACCGACAAGCUGCAGAGGCGCGCCGUGUUUGGCGCCGGGCCCGAGCAGAGGAAGGAGCAUCACUGA